AUGCCCAAAAAGACCUCCGAAAACCAGUUUCUUCUAGGUCUUACCCAUAAAGAAGCACGGCUCCUUUUGCUUGGAAUCCUGUGCCACGACGAUGUCAAACCGAACUUCAAUAAGCUCGCCGUCCUGUCCGAUUUGACCUACAAUUCAGCCCGUAUUUUGUGGCCAAAGGCGUUCAAGAAGCUGGUGCAGAAUGCUCCUAAGGUGUCUGCCGCUGCGGGGGGAGAUUCCGGGUCUGGUCCCGGGCAGGAAUCGGCAUCAGCAUCGGGACCAGGGCAGACAGUGGCCCCAAGGCAGGCCCGCCGCAGCACUGUAUCCCGGAAGCGCAAGACAAGCGGCCCCCAGGAAAAGAACAAUCCCCGGGCAUCCCCCGACCCCCAGGCCGAGAGCUCCGAUGCCGCAGGAACCGAUACCGCAGACACCCACGAAGAGGACAUCUAG